AUGGCUGCCAUGAACAAUCGACCACAAUGGAUAUGGUAUGGCAGGCACACCUGGAAGCACAGCGCCGGGAAGUGGAGAGCUGCCGAAAGAGAUACCCAGCUCCAGGCACUGCAGCAGCAUGAAGCUGAGCUGAAGAGGCACCGCGAGGAGCUGGAGCAGCAGCGGCGAGAGGAGGAGGAGCUUCGAAAAGCACAUGCAGAAACGUUUCAGCUGCUGGACCAGGAGCUUCAGGACCGAGCACAGCACAUCUCGAGUUCAGAGGAGGCGCUGGCCUCCGAGAGGCAACAGAUCCUCCGCUCGCGCGGGCAGCUGGCGAUGGUGCAAGCACACGUGGUCUGCUUGCUUGGCAAGGUGGCAGGCGAUGGGGCCUCGGAAAAGGCGAUGCACCUCGAUGCCUCCGACGAGCCAGAGGCCGAGCUGGACGUCUCAGGGGAAACCAACGAUGGUGAUGAUGAUAUGUGGAACAUGGACUGGUCGGCUGUAGCCGCAAAGCGAUCUGAGAAGUCCGAGGGCGAUGCUUUGGUUGCCCAGGAGCUCUCAGAAAAUAGCCAGCCCGUCUGCUAA